CCUCCUUAAAAACCAAGAGGAGAGGGGGAGAGAGGGGAGUAGGGCAAAUGGGUCAGGCAUUUCGUCGAGCAUCUGGAAGGAUCCGAAGCGUGAGUCUCGAUCCAACGCCGGCGUCGUCGUCCAAGAAGGCCGUUGACGUCAGGCCGCCGGUUCCGCCGCCCGAAAAGGUUGCCGGAGACAAUGUCGGCCCGACUACCGAGGUUGGAUCAAGAAUCAAUCCUGAAAACAUCCUUGAAGAGAGAGAUCCACAAUAUGAUGUCAUGCUUAGUCAGAUGGUGGGUAGAAUUAGUUCCAAACCUGGAGGAAAACCUGAGAUGGGUGAGGCAUCUGUGGUUGAACAGUAUAGAAGGCCUUUGCCAAAACUGAGAAAUACAACAGUGGAGUCCACCAGAUAUGAGGAAAGACCUGCCCCUGCGGGUACCCUGAACGUGGCACAACUACGGCAUAUCAUGCUGCUGCAUCAAGGGAAGGCUGACGAUCACAAUGGGCCGAUGGAUGUCCAACAGAUCGCGGAGAAGUUCCGGGUCGACGUUGUGCAUGUCCAGAAGAUCCUCCAAUCCGUGUCGCUGCCUCCACAGGACAGCAGCAAACAGAGAAAUGAUCAGUGAUGCAUACUGUAGUCUGUAGUGCUUUCAGCUUUCCUAGUCGUUUGUUUUGCUAACGAAAUUCUGUUCAAUGAUAUGAGUGAGGGAUCUUUGUACAAAACAAAAUGUUAGAAGUCAAUGUUGUCACGGUUUUGUAUGAUUUAAGACUUUUGAUGGUUAAACAGAGUUGGCGAAUCCAUUGAGUCAAUAAUGAAUAGGACGUAGUCUUGAUUCCGGAGCA